AUGGCUUCAGCUGGUCGCACCGCGGCCAAGGUCCUUGGAAUAAAUCUUGACUACCGAAAAGAGCCCGAGGUUUCUGGCGCUGCGUCGAUUUCCUCCGUGGAAACAUAUGUUGAACGUGAACCCACCGCGAAGGAAUGGCUUUCUCAGUUCAAGCCGUCAGCGACCGCCACAAAGCGCUACCUGAGGAGUUUGUUCCCAUUCAUGGACUGGAUACUCCACUACAACUUAACAUGGCUGUUUGGAGACUUUAUUGCCGGUUGUACCGUUGGGUUUGUCGUGAUCCCUCAGGGUAUGGCGUACGCUCUGCUGGCGAAAUUGCCUCCGGAGUAUGGUCUCUACACAAGUUUUGUUGGCUUCAUCCUCUACUGGGCUUUCGCUACAUCCAAAGACAUCACUAUUGGUACCGUGGCUGUCAUGAGCACCAUUGUCGGCAACAUCGUCACCAAGAUCCAGGACAAACAGCCAGAGAUUGAAGCUGUGGACAUUGCCCGAGCUCUUUCCGUCAUCGCUGGUUCUGUCCUGCUGUUCAUUGGUCUUACACGGCUUGGAAGGAUCGUCGAGCUUAUUCCUCUUGUCGCUAUCACCUCAUUCAUGACAGGUGCUGCUAUCUCGAUCGGAGCCGGCCAGGUUCCAGCGCUCAUGGGUAUCUCCGGGGUUAACACACGUGGUCCUACGUAUCUGGUUAUCAUCGACACUUUCAAAGGCCUUCCACGCACAAAGCUCGAUGCAGCUAUGGGUCUGACUGCUCUAUUCAUGCUCUAUGCCAUCCGCAUCUUCUGCAACAUUAUGUCGAAGAAGCAGCCGUCGAAACAAAAGGUCUGGUUUUUCGUGAGCACACUACGAAUGGCUUUCGUCAUUCUGUUGUACAUCAUGAUCAGCUGGCUUGCCAACAAGGACGUCAAAGGUCUCCACAAUGCCAAGAACGAUGUCAAGAUGGCGAAGUUCAAGAUCCUCGGUCGCGUACCAAGAGGCUUUCAGCACGCUGGUACUCCGAACAUGGACACGAAGCUCCUGUCGGCAAUUGCGCCUGAUCUUCCGGUCACAAUUAUCGUGUUGAUUCUCGAACACAUCGCAAUUUCAAAGUCUUUCGGACGAAUCAACAACUACGUCAUCAACCCUUCGCAAGAACUGGUUGCCGUCGGCUUUACGAAUGUGAUCGGUCCAUUCCUCGGCGCCUACCCUGCUACCGGGUCGUUCUCGCGUACCGCUAUCAAAUCGAAAGCAGGUGUUCGCACCCCACUUGCUGGUAUCUUCACUGCGAUCAUCGUCCUCUUGGCCCUGUAUGCUUUGACUGCAGUCUUCUUCUACAUCCCCUCGGCUACCCUUGCUGCGGUUAUCAUCCACGCCGUCGGAGAUCUCAUUACUCCGCCCAACGUGGUCUUCCAAUUUUGGGAAACGUCGCCUCUGGAAGUCGUUAUCUUCUUCGCAGGUGUCUUCGUAACAAUCUUCACGAACAUCGAAAACGGCAUCUAUGUUACCAUAGCAGCUUCAUUCGCACUUCUGCUUUGGCGCCAGCUCUUCACUCACGGAGCCGUCCUUGGCAAAGUCAGGAUCUAUCGCGCUACUCCGGAGUCGAUGGCAAACAAGGAAGACGGCCACUUCGCCCCUGGAUCUGAUGCUUCUGUCCGUGAAGCAUUCAUUCCAAUCAGCCGCAAGGAUGGUUCAAACCCGCUUGUUGAUAUCGAGUCUCCGUAUCCUGGUAUACUGAUCUACCGCUUCACUGAAGGCUUCACAUAUCUCAACCAGCAAGGUUACAUGGACGAAAUUGUCCAUCAUGCGCAAACCAUCUCCCGCCGAACAGAACUCAACAAAUACACAAGGAUCGGUGAUCGUCCAUGGAAUGACCCAGGUCCACGCCGUGGAAAACAGUUGAACCUUGAAGAUAACCGACCUAUCCUCCGUGCUAUCAUCCUAGACUUCAGCGCUGUCAACAACGUCGAUGUUACUUCGAUCCAAGGUCUCAUUGAUGUGCGCGCACAACUGGAUCGUCAUGCAGCACCUGAAACUGUGGAAUGGCACUUCGCGUCGAUUAACAGCCGCUGGACUAAGCGCGCCUUGACAACCGCUGGCUUUGGUUACAUCGACCGCGAACGUUUCGCAUCACGUCAGCACUGGAACCCAGUGUACAGCUACGCACCUCUUGAUAACUCGGGCUCGAAAUUACACGAUGAAGAGGCGCCGGAUGAGAUCCAUGCCGUCAAUAGGAACAAGGGUCUGCCGAGUGGCAAGGUCACCACUGUACACGGACAGAACAGACCGUUCUUUCACAUCGACGUAGCUGCGGCCGUUGAAAGUGCUAUUGCCGGCGUUAAUGGUAAGCUGGCACAAGUCAGCUCGGGAAGCUCACAUGAACAUGAAGUUGGGCAGGCAGAGUUUACGACCAAACAAGAUUAG